GGACUAAGCCUUUCUAUUUAAUAAUAAACAAAACAAAACAAAAAGUUAUAUAUAAUGAGGAACAGAUUCCUUAAUCGGUUUUAUAGUGUAAGAGGGUAUGCUUCAGUUAGUCCUAUAUCGUCAUUUUAUUGUGCUGUCACUUUUUGUGACAGCUUGUCUGGGUAACAGCUACUACCAUCAUAAAUACAAGAGGGAAACAGGUGGGACAUUGGCCACCCGUCGAUAUUUUGUAGAACUUCAUCAGAAGGCCGAUUUUUCAAUGAAUUCAUUUAUUGAUUAUACUAAUACUCACUCUGACAACGUCAUUAUCCAGAAAAAAAUAACCCACAAAUUUCUAAAUGCUAUCUCAAUUGAAAUCAAAGAAGUAGACAAUAAAAAAGAGCAUGUAACAUUGAAGCAAAUUAUGGAUCACCUGGACGUUAAAUCUGUUUCACCCGUCCAAAUUAUCAAGUCAAAAGCUAAAUCCCUUAUUAUAAAAGACUCUAUUGAACUUUCACCACGUUUUGUUGAAUUAAUGUCUCCUCAUCGCUUAUCCCAAGUUGACAAAGUCCAUAACGAGCUUAAGCUAAACGGGGAAGGGGUGUUUAUCGGUGUAAUUGAUACAGGCAUUGAUUACAAUCACCCGGCAUUAGGUGGAGGGUUUGGACCCGGGUUUAAAGUUCAAGCCGGAUACGAUCUCGUUGGUAAUGAUUAUGAUGGAUACAGUAAGACUAUUCGAGAAAGCAAAUACCCAUUAGAUAACUGCCCCAGAGGGUCAGAAAGCUAUGGACACGGAACUCAUGUUUCUGGAAUUAUAGCUGGCUAUGAUCCUACAAAUAAUUUCUCAGGUGUCGCACCAGGGGCUAAGCUUGGUCAUUGGAGAGUUGGAGGUUGCUCCGGUAUAAUAUCAACAGAUAUUAUAACAGAGGCAUUUUUGAUGGCUUAUGAUGCUGGCGUUGAUAUUAUUAGUAUGAGUAUUGGUGACGAAUACCCAUGGGCAUUACCAAAUACAGUGCUAAGCAAAUUGAUUGAAAGAAUCACAGAAAAUGGUGUUAAUGUCGUAAUUGCUUCAGGAAAUGGAGGGCUUCAAGGCAUAUACACGGUUGGUUAUCCUUCCACUUCUACAUCUGCAUUAUCCGUUGGAUCAGUAGUAAAUGAAUACGAUUACUUUGAUUGUAAUAUCAAUGUGGUAGGGAUUUCUAAGCCAAUUGCUUGCAACUUUCCCAAGAAUUCUACCACUGAUAUUAAGAGUACCCAACCUCUUAUCGAUGGAUAUCUUGCAAUUAACGAUGGCAAACUUGUCCACGCGUGUAAAAACAUUUCCGAAAAUGUCAAAGGAAAAGUAGUGAUGGUACCAAUCGACCGAACUGCUUGUGUUAAUUUAGUACAAAUCCAAAAUAUUUACAAGGCAGGAGCUAUUGGAGCGGUUUUUGUGGACGUUGAAUUAAGAGGAUCUUUGGCUAAUGUUGCACCAAAUUCUUUUCUUCCGGUAACAAUAAUCUCUAAAGAAAGUUCCGACAAACUCUUGAAUGCAUAUCAUAAAAAUUCAAAUCUACUUUUAAAAUUCUCGGACGAUAAAUCUGGUUAUAUUUCGAAAAUCGAACAAUUUGCAUCUACAGCUAGUUAUUUCACUUCCCUUGGGCCCACCGGUGAGCUUAAUUUUGGUCCCGAGAUUGCAGCUGUUGGAGAAUCGGUAUUUUCCACUUUGCCUUUAACUCUAGGCUCUUGGGGUAUAUACAAGGGUACAUCAAUGGCUUGCCCGUAUGUUGCUGGAUCUAUUGGAUUGUACCUCCAGAAGUAUGGCACUAAUAAGACUCGUCCAAGUAUCGUUUAUGAGACCUUUCAAAACUAUGCUUUUCAGCCUAACUUCUACAAUCGAACUAGCGGAAUACUCGACAAUCCUCUUCGCGUAGGAGCUGGAGUUGUUCAAGUUUACGAUGCUAUUACUCAAACUACCCACAUCACACCCUCCAAAAUCGGCUUUAAUGACACAUCGUCAGCAAUAUACAAAACCCAAACCCUAACAAUAACGAAUAAUGGAUUAAAAGGAAUCAAUUACACACUAUUUAACAACGUAUCCAUGGCUAUUUCAUCAUACGACAGAGCUAAAUCUGGAUAUACAUUGUUAGAACCUGUUAACAAUGUUGAAGCACCAGCUAAUCUCAAAUUUUCUGAAUCUGAAAUAUAUCUUAAACCUGGACAAAGCCGAAAUAUUUCAGUCACUGUCAUUCCGCCUGACACUGAUCCACUUGAUCAUAUCAUGUAUGGAGGAUUUAUCCAAUUUUAUCCAACCAACAACGAUAAUGCACCUAAGCCGUUACAUAUUCCUUAUUUUGGUGUCGUUGGAAACCAGAAAGAUAUCCCAAUUUUUGUGAUGGAUGAUGAUUAUUUUGCUACUGCAACCUCAGCAAACACAUCGUUGCUUUAUCAAUUGAACGAUACAGUAAUUGUUAAUCAAACUAGAUCAGAUUUCGUAGCUAUACUUAUGAGAAUAACAAUGCCUUCAUCUAUUAUGAAAGGAGAAGUAUUAUCCUCCAAUCGUGUUUUAGGAGAGUUUGAAGCAUACGGGUAUAUACAUCAGACAUAUGCAGACGAUUACCGCAAUGUGAUAUAUUGGGAUGGUGGUUACUAUGAAGAAGCCGUAUCCAAUGAUAUCUUACGUUUUGGCAGGUACAAUUAUUCGGAUCACAAUUACACUCUCGUAGACAAUGGAUCAUAUCAUUUACGUGUUAGUGCCCUAAGAUUAUUUGGUAAUAUCAAUAAUAUUGACGACUGGGACUCAUUUACAGCCGGUCCUUUUGUCGUGAAGAGUUUUUAGCAUUACAAGAAGGGUCAUAUACCGUAUCAUAGGCUGUUUAUUAUUAGACUAAAACAUAUUGUAAUUUUUAAAUUUGGUAAAAACAUUUUUACCUAAUAAACAUAUAUAAAAAUUUUCGUC